AAAUGUGAAAGCUAACUUCUUCGCUGUACUCGUCACCAGCAAUACGGGAAAAUGAUUCAUAUAGCUACCGUGUGCGGCUAACGAAGUAUACCUGCCAAAUGUGAAACCAAACAUGGGCAUAAUUCUACCCGACUCCUUUCAUGCACGUAGUAUGCAUGCAUUAUUUUAAAAGGGUCAAACAGAAUGACGCAGACCGAAAUUCAUCCGAUCGCCUGGUUCUCUCAUGGAUAUCAGCAUCUUCCAGAGAAGUGAACUAUGAAAGAAGUUUCAUUCACUGGCUUUUGUCCAACGUACUUUGGGUACAAUUUAUUUGUGUGGAAUACGUUCCAUUUUUCAUCUAUAGUAACAGCUAAUUACAUGAGGGCUUACUUCAUACCGUGCACACAUCAUCUUCAUAAU